GAUGAAGCACGGGGGCCGAAGCGAAGCCACCCGCGGAGACAUCCGCAGCUACAUCCACAAAGCGGGAGAAAAGAACCUCUACAGAAUCAAAAAGGGACUAGUCCCUAACAUGAAUGUAGAAGGACACAUAUACGUAAACGAAAAGUUGAAACAUCUCAUAGACGAUGAAAUAGAGACAUACCAACUGAACAGAAACACUACGUUCCUCCCAGCAGUUAUACAAGUAGCAAAUGUCUCAACCCUACCAGGUAUCGUAAAAGCAUCUAUAGCUUUACCAGAUGUACAUGCAGGGUAUGGGUUCUCUAUUGGAAAUGUGGCAGCAUUUGAUAUGAACAAUGAGAAAGCGAUUAUAUCCCCAGGAGGGGUAGGGUUUGAUAUCAAUUGUGGAGUGAGAUUAAUUAGAACAAAUUUGUUUUACGAAGAUAUAAAAGACAAACAGGAGGAACUGACACAACUCCUUUUUAAUAAUAUCCCAGUAGGAGUAGGAUCACAGGGAUGUAUAUUGUGUAAUCAUGACAAGCUAGAUGAAGCUCUUUGUUUAGGAAUGGAUUGGUGUGUGAAAGAAGGAUACGCAUGGGUAGAAGAUAAAUUAAACUGUGAAGAUAAUGGAAGGAGUUUGUAUGCUGAUAGUAACUACGUAUCUGUGAGAGCUAAAAAAAGAGGGAUAACACAGAUGGGGACUUUAGGAGCUGGGAACCACUAUGCUGAGAUUCAGAUUGUAGAUGAAAUAUACGACAAAAGGAGUGCCAAACUUAUGGGAGUAGAAAAAACGAGUCAAGUUUGUAUAAUGAUUCACUCAGGGAGUAGAGGGUUGGGACAUCAAAUAGCUACAGAUGCACUAAUCGAGAUGGAAAAAAGCAUGACUAAGUAUAAACUAGAUGUAAUAGACAAACAGCUAGCUUGUACUCCUAUCCACUCUAAGGAAGGAGAAAAUUAUCUCAAAGCCAUGGGUUCUGCUUGUAAUUUUGCUUGGAUUAAUAGAUCCUCCAUGACGUUUUUAGCUAGACAAACCUUUGCAAAAAUUUUUAAUCAAUCACCUGACGACUUAGACAUGCAUGUCAUAUAUGACGUGUCACAUAACAUCGCCAAAAUUGAGGAUCAUCUCGUCGAUGGAAAGAGGAAAAAACUGUUAGUUCAUAGAAAGGGGUCCACUAGAGCCUUCCCUCCUUUCCACCCUGCAGUCCCCUUGGAUUAUCAAUACUGUGGACAACCCAUUCUCAUCGGAGGUACCAUGGGAACAUACUCCUACGUCCUAACCGGUACGGACAAGGCUAUGGAUACCACUUUCGGGUCCACCUGUCACGGGGCUGGCCGAGCACUAAGUCGAAAUAAAAGCAGAAACACACUAAACUACGUGGACGUUUUGCAGAAAAUGAAAGAGGAAAAUAUUUCCAUUCGAGUCGCCUCCCCGAAGUUAAUUAUGGAGGAGGCCCCCGAGUCCUACAAGAACGUCUCCGAGGUGGUCAAUACGUGCCAUGACGCGGGCAUAUCCACCAAGUGCUUUCGCCUCAAGCCGGUCGCAGUCAUAAAGGGGUG